AUGGCCAUUCUCGUGGUUUCGCUCAAAUUCAAACCGAGCGACAAGAUGGCCAUUCGAAAGCUCAUCAACCAGGCUGAUGCCGAUAAAUUCGAGGAAUUCGCCUCAAAAUGGAGCAAAAACUAUAAAAACCUGGACGAGAUGAAGAGGAAAGCGAGAAAUUGGAAGAAAAACAUGAAAAUUAUCGAUGAGGAAAACAAGAAAAACAGAGGCUACAAGCUUGGUGAGAAUAUCUUCACCGAUAUGGACGAUGACGAAAAGGCAAAGUACGUGAUGGACAUUCAAUCAGCUCAAGACAGCAAUGCUGCUUUGGACAGAGUGGCGAGAAGAGCCAAGAGGGGAGUCAUACAAACGUACGCGACGGCCCGAGCCGAUUGGCGUGGAAAGUUCAUGCCGGCUGUGCGAAAUCAAAAAUCUUGUGGAUCGUGUUACGCCUUUGCAGCCAUCAACGCGAUCGAAGUCCAAUGGAAUUCGAUUCCGAAUAACACGUUCUCCGAGUUCUCUGAACAGCAAAUUGUCGAUUGUUCGACCGGCAACCGUGGAUGUAAUGGUGGAUGGCCGCACAGUGUCAUGGACUACUCCUAUUCUGCGGGCAAUGUGCCACAGGACGCUUAUCCGUACACGGCGGUCGCUGGGGAAUGCCAGAAUUUGACCGGUCAAAAAAUUGUGUCCAAUUGGUUCCGACUGUCGUCGAUCCAAGACAUGGAAUACUAUCUCACCAAUGUUGGACCGCUCACUUUCUCGAUGUGGGUGCCCCGGUCGAUCUACCUCUACCGGUCGGGGAUCUUCUAUCCACCACUUCUGGAAUGCAAACCUUCAUACGCUGUCGGCGCUCAUGCGAUGACGAUCGUCGGAUUCGGAACCGACCCAAACGACGAGCAGUAUUGGAUUGUGCGAAACUCGUGGGGAGCUAACUGGGGCGAGGGCGGUUAUCUUAGGAUGCCAAAGGGAUUCGAUUUGUGCGGAAUGGAGGGGAUGUACGAGUGGGGCGUUUACGUGCCAUGGGUCUACGGACAAAGCGCUCAGCAGCCA